GACUCACUUCUCUUUAUAGUCUUUCUCCAUUUCCAAAAUCCUAAUCACAUUCUUCCCUCCAAAUUAUCACCGCCGUCGUCCACCACAUCGCCGCCGCAUAUCCACCGUCAUACAAUGAAGUAGCUGUUAACUCCAUUAGAGGGUUUUUUCUUCUUAGCUACCGAAAAUGGGUUGUUGUGUUAGCAGUGGUAACAGCAAACUACUACCUCCAACUCUAUCAAAUUCUUCUUCACAACAGAGUGAGGAAGAAACAGUGAAAGAAGUGCUCUCUGAAAUUCCCACUUUUCCAAAAUCAAAACUCUACACUAAUGAAAAUAGUCCCAAAAAAUCCUCACCCAUCUCGAAAUUUUCCAAUUCGAUGGAAGAAAUGUACCAUAAAAAUCACAUUAUGAAGAAACCCAUUACCCCUAAUUUCAACCACCCUGAUGAUGUUUCCGAAGAAGUAUCCGAGAUCUGCAGCAGCACUCUCAGUGAGGCGGCAACAGUAACAGAGAAGCGAUAUGCAGCUGAUGAUGACGCUAACGAAGUCCGGCAGCGGUCACCGGCGAAGUACCGGAACGGUUCCUUUCAGAGAAGUGUUGGAAACUCGCCGGCGAGAAGAUCCGAUCCGUCUCCGGGUCGAGUGAGAUCCGGAUCCGGAAGGGAAUCUCGGGUACAGAGGAAGGAUAAUGGGGAAUGCUCCGGUAGGAGAUCGAGGUCACCGGCGAUGAGGACGGAGAAUGGAGGAUACGGGUCGGGUUUAGGGAGGAGUCCGUCGGUGAGGAAAACGGGUAAGUCGCCGGGAAGGGUGAGAUCCGAAUUGGGUGAUCGGAUCCGGAAAAUGGAUGAGAGAGAUGGAAAUGGAGAAAAUAAUUGGGCACCGACAAAUGGAAAUGAAUCACUUGAAAAUCCACUUGUGUCAUUGGAAUGUUUCAUUUUUCUUUAAAUUAAUGUAAUCUUUUGGUAAAAAGUUGCUAUAAUAUUAGAUUUUGACAUUAACAUGCA